AUGUCAGGCACAUCACUCUCCGCGGGUGAAAAGGCAUCGAAGUCACGCGCUUCGUCCAACAAGAACAGCAGAAAAAACUCGAAGACAGGGUUACCUUGCUUCUCGGAUCCGAAGUCUCUCGUUACGUUCAUAGUCGGCCCCGAUCCAGAUCCCGUUGAGUUUCUGGUACAUAAGGAGAUCAUCUGCCACCACUCCAAGGUAUUCAAGGCGGCCUUCAACGGUACUUUCCUCGAGGGGCAGACUCAAACGUACCGGCUGCAAGAUACAACUCAGGGUGCCUUUCGGCUGCUCACCCAAUGGAUUUACUUCCAAAAGCUCAACAUUCCCCAAAUCCCUCCUGGCUCUGUCGUUGACGAAGACGACGAAGCCUUGGCGGGUGAAGGGGAAGCGGCUCUAGCGGAAUUAUAUGUUCUCGCAGAUAAAUUCGCUAUGGCUCCGUUGCAAAACGCCGUCAUUGACGAAAUUGAGAAUAUUGGGUUGGUAACAAGGAAUAUACCAGUCGACAUUUUCAAUUACAUCUACGAGAACACUUCCCCAGGCAGCGCUCUGCGGAGGUAUGUUGUCUUGAUCGCGACCAGCUUCGAAUUGGGCCCUGAGAUAUCGGAAAGCAAUCAUCCUUACGAGAUGACGAUCGAGAUGUGCAGGGAAUUCAUAUCGCAGAGAGCAUCCAAGCGUAUCAAAAAGAUCAAAAUCUCUGACUUCUACGUCAAGCUCGACGAUGAGUAG